AUGGACGAUUUAUCAUCUUCAAUUGACCAAUACAAAAAUCAGUUAUCAAUAGUUAAACAAAGUCUCGAGACUUGUAAUAGUCCCGAAGAACGGAAAUCGCUACUCGAUUUAGAGUCAGAACUGCAACAAUUAAUUGAUCUAACACAAGAAAGUAUAGAUGCAUACCAGCAACAGAGUGGGAAAAGCCCUGAGAAUACAGAAAAACAUGAGCUGGAUGAUGAAUAUGCACUCUUCAUGCAAGAAAUGGCACAAAGUGGGGCCUAUGAUAAAAGUGAAGAUGUAGUAGAAAAAUCUACAGAAAAUAGUCAAAAUGACGACAGUGAUAUUGAGGAUGAACUGUCAUCUCUACUUGGUAUGAAAUGUGCUGUAUACCACACACAUUCAUGGGGUGGAAAAAGUUUACAUAAUGCAAUGGUGAGCUCGGUGAUGCCCAGACAAGAAGAAGACCAGUUUGGAGAUUUACAAGUCCGUGUAUUAUUUACCCACCCCACACAUACAGAGAUGUUGCCAUGUCCAUAUUUUUUAAAUGGUGACUGCAAGUUUGAAGAUGAACAAUGUAGAUAUUCCCAUGGUGCUAUUGUACACUUAUCUAGUUUAAAGGAAGCCAUUGAACCUCAAUAUGAUGCCCUGAAAGAGGGAAGUAGAGUUUUAUUGAAAAUCAAAGCACCCGAUAAUGAGGAUAUAACUACCGCAAAUAAGUCCACAGAGAAAUAUCACUUGUGGCACAGAGCUAUAGUAAUAAGUGUAGAUGCAGAAAAAAGAUUAUGCGUAGCCAAGUUAGAACAACGAAUUGCCACUGGAGAGAAAAGAAAAUCAACUGCUGAGGAAUAUCAUGUUCAUUUCGAAGAAGUAUUUCCUUUAAAUAAUGAAGACGAUAGUAGUGAUUCAGAUGAAAGUAUCAGCGAUACAGAAUAUCCUGAAAGUAAAUUAACUCGCGGGGAAUCGAAUCCUGCGCUCAUAGUGGAGAAGAGCUUGCAGAUCAACUCCCCUGCUAUAGGGGAAUGGGAGCGUCAUACUAGAGGCAUAGGAUCCAAGUUGAUGUUAGCCAUGGGCUAUAUAGCUGGCUCUGGUUUGGGGGCCAGCGGGGAUGGGCGCGUGCAGCCAGUUGAAGCCCGUAUGGUACCAGCUGGAAAGUCACUAGACCACUGCAUGGCAAUCUCUGAGCGAAUUAAAGGCCAGGAUCCUUUAAAGGUGGAACAACGAUUAAAACGCCUGCAGAAGAAAGCAGAGGAAAGAAAUAAAAGAGCUUACGAGAGGGAAAAGGAGAAGGAGCGCCGUAACGUCUUCAAUUUCAUUAAUAAAACUCUUGGGGAUGGCGCUGAAACGUCUGAAAACUCAACUGUUUCUAUCUUAGAUGUAAAGCAAAGCACUAGCAAAGAUUUGAAUAUAGAACAGUUUAAACUCGAAGAAGAAUCUAGAAGAGUGGAGAACGAAAUCGUCAAGUUAAAGAAUACACUGAUUAAAUAUCCACCUGGAACUAACGGACACCGGAGUAUCGGACUUCAGAUAUCGGAAAAAAAUAAAGAAUUACUAACUAUAAGGAACAAAGAACAACAAAUAGCAAGAGAAAAGAAGCAUAGGAAGGACAAACAAAAGAUGACGGUUUUCUGA